UACUAAACAACUAAUGUUUUGGUAGAUAAUAUUUUUCUACUCGUAUUAGUAAUCUAAAUUACUUCACUGAAAAAAACUUGUGAAUAAAGUGAAUAACAUCUUAUAGAAUAAUGCUUCAAAAUUUUAAAGCUUUUAUAAAUGAAAUAUUUGUAUAAAAGGAAGAAGUAUUUGACUUGCUUAGUCUGAAAUUUCCAAAGUGUUGAAAUCACUUGUUAACAUACUGUGAAUACAAAUGACAAGAUGAAAUAUAAGUUUUUUAUGCUCAACAUGGUUCAUGCAAUCACCAUUUUAACAAUUUUAAAAAUGCUUACUAAUGCCCAAACAACAUGCAACAAUGGUUUAGGAAGAGUAGUUUAUGAAAGACUACCUGAUCAUCAGUUACAAGAUUUUGAUGAUGAUAUGGUUCGAGAUCCUUCACCUCCAUUUAGAGUAUUUGAAAAGUGUCAAGAACUUUGUUUAAGGGAUAGAACAGCAAUAAACAAUUUAGUUCGUGCUUGUACAAGUUUUGAUUUUCAACCAGGAAGUAGAAUAGCGUCUUUUAGUGGAACACCUGAAUAUGAAGACAGUAGUUGUUAUCUUACUAGAGAACAAGCGCAGCCUGAUGGGAUUGGAAAUUUAAUGCUUGUUCCAAACAGUGUGCAUUUCACAGAAGUAUGUUUGACGUCAAAUCGAAUAGAGAGAGAUUGUCCAAAUCGACGCUACAUAUUUGAAAGACAUCCACGAAAAAAAUUAAAAUUACAACUAACGGAAAUAAAAGAGGUACCUGCCGCUAAUCGGACAGAAUGCGAAGAUAGAUGCCUCAAUGAAUUUAGUUUUAUUUGUCGAUCAGCAACAUAUAAUGCAGUUGUCAGAAGUUGUUCAUUGAGUCGAUUCACAAGACGUUCUUAUCCUGACUUUUUAGAGGAUGAUCCUAAUUCAGAUUAUCUAGAAAAUACUUGUUUAACUGCUGAUCGUCGAUGUGAUGGUCUUAUGAUUUUUGUGAAAGAAGUUAAGAUGCGCCUAAAAGGUCCAUUUGAACUCGAUGUUUAUGCAAAUUUAACAUUAGAUGAAUGCCAAGCUCUUUGCUCAAGAGCAGAGAAGUAUUUUUGUCGAAGUGUUGAAUAUGAUGAACAAACUCAUCAAUGUGCUAUUUUUGAAGAAGACUCAGUUUCUCAAAGAGAUGACAUUGGUGGAAACAAUAGUCCAAAUCAACAUUUUUAUGAACUUGUUUGUUUAGACAACCGCCUUUCCAUAGCACGGGGUUCUGAAUAUCCAGAUAAAGGUGUAACAACAACAUCAUUUUCUGAUGAACAUCGUCCAGAUACUGCUUUUGAAAGGUACCGAAAUGCCCGAUUAAGUGGAGAAUUUCAUUCAGAAAUAACAGGAAGAAGUCUUAGCGAAUGUUUAGAAGAGUGUCUAAGACAAAUUAGUUUCCAAUGUAAAAGCGCUGUUUACUCCGAACAUUUUCAUACGUGUCGACUCAGCAGAUUUAACCAACGAGACAGACAUCGUACCAUAUUCGACGCAGAUUAUGAUUAUUAUGAAAAUCUUAUGCAUCAGUAUCUAGAUGGUGAUUCUGAUGUUUCUUCACAUAGACCUGAUCCAUUGGGUCAAGAUACCAAUUACGAAAGACAUUCUUUUGGACGCCCAGGAUUUGUGGAUGAUUAUUAUAAACCAUCUCUUGGAAUUGAAAAAGAUAUUCGUUUCCAAGAAAGAUAUCCGGAAUUAAAUCCACAAUCUUUAGGUCGUUAUCCUGUAGCAGAAGCACAUCGUUAUCCUGGUGAAUUUAAGAUAUAUCCAUCUAAAGAUCACUACUUGUCUGACGAUAAAUAUAAUAGAAUUUACAAAAAUCGUUAUCCACCAAACUUUGACCAUUAUUCUCGUGAAAGAUACCCAACAGAUAAAAAUUUUCUAAAUGAAAACAAAAUUCCUGUACGUGGACCUUAUUAUUCUGAUAAUUUUGAAAAUUAUCCUGUAUAUGAACCUCAUAGUAUAAAUAGGUUUCCAAUAUACAGACGUCGAUUUUUGAAUAUCUUGCCUCAUUCACAAGUUCAACUUCUACAGGAUCAUUUUUCUAAUCAAGAAAAUUUACGAUAUUCAUCUGGACAUCCAAAAAAUAACAGACGUUAUCCAAUAGAAGAUUUUCCAAGUAAAGACAUGUUCUUCAAAAGAGUAAGAUAUCCUGGAGUUAAUGGAAAAGAACAUUAUGAUCGACCACCUUACUACGAAAGUUUAUCCUUUAAUUCCAUAAGGCCCUUAUCUAACGAAGUAUAUGGAGAAGGUGGAACAGUUGGAGGUGGUUAUAUAGGAGAAGGUGGUAUUUAUCAGUCUAAACCUUUUGUUAUAAACGGACCUAUCAGUGACAGACCUCCUUUACUUGCUCGGUGUGAUGAACAAACUAACUUUCGUCGUGUAGCGCACAGGAUGCGUGUGCGUAAGCCUUUUAUUCGUGGAUCUACUUCUGCACUAUCUAUACAGAAUUGUGAUCGAGAAUGUGCAGAUACAAGACAUUUUGUAUGCAGGUCAUUUAAUUUUAAACCACUAAGCAAUGAACAGGGAGGCGAUCAAAAUAAUUGUGAACUAAGCGACAGAGAUUCUAGGGAUAUGGAAAUGAAUAAUCCUCUAUACUAUGAUUCAGGAACGGAUUUUGAUUUUUACGAGAGAAAUAAUGGUAGGCAAGGAGGCGAAGCUGAGUGUCUUGAUGUAACUCAAACUUGUAGUGAAGAUGGAAUGGAAUUUACAUUGAGAACUCCAGAAGGUUUUACUGGUAGAAUUUAUACUUAUGGUUAUUACGAUAGAUGUUUCUUUCGAGGUAGUGGAGGUACAAUAAAUGUUUUACGGAUAAGUGGAACUCAAGGUUAUCCUGAUUGUGGCACUCAGCGGUAUGGUGACGCAAUGACCAACAUCGUGGUUGUACAAUUUUCUGACUAUGUGCAAACAGCAAAGGACAAAAGAUUUAAUCUCACUUGUCUUUUUCGAGGCCCAGACGAAACUGUAGUUACAUCAGAUUACAUCGGAGCAGGGAGAUCAGGAGCACCAAUACCAAUCGAAUAUCUUCCAGCUGAAAACACAUUAAAUAAUCGUGUUCGUUUAUUAAUUCUUUAUCAAGGUAGACCAACUACAACAAUUGCUGUUGGUGAUCCAUUGACUUUUAGACUAGAAGCUCAAGACGGAUCUGUUUAUCCUGCUGACAUAUUUGCAACCAACGUCGUAGCUAGAGAUCCAUAUUCCGGAAGGAGUGUCCAAUUGAUUGACAGAUACGGAUGUCCUGUUGAUAACUUCGUUUUUCCUGGUUUGGACCGUUUGAGAGAUGGAGAUAGUUUGGAAGCACGAUUUAAUGCUUUUAAAAUCCCUGAAUCAAAUUUUUUGGUUUUCGAAGCAACAGUUCGCACUUGUUCAAAUGGAUGUCAACCCGCCUAUUGUUCUUCUAGCAGUGGAGCUGGAAGAAACGAACCAUCUUUUGGAAGGAAACGAAGAGAUUUAGAUUCCAAAAAUACUAUUAAUAAAAACAUUACUGAAGAAAAUUUUGCAAUGUUAACAAUAGCAGAAAAUGAUAUUAAUAAUCAAAAUAUAUCAUUCGAAUCAAUUGAAGAAGGUGAUGAAGAGUACGUCCGAGAGAUGAUCGAGGUGUUUGCUUCAAGAAAUGAUUUAGAUGGAGAAAAAGAGAAUAUUUUAAUUGACCAACAAAUUAAUGCUUUGGAAAAAAUUUGUCUAUCAUCGAAUGAAUAUUUUGCCUUCAUUACUGCUGUCAUAACUCUUGUUGCUGUUUUAUUUGCUGCAUUAAUUUUGCACAUAUUAAUAUGCAGAAGGUACAGUCAUUUAAAAGCUUUACAACACAGAAAAAUAAACAAAUCAAGUGCUCAUAGACAGAUACAUGAUGAUUUUUGUAACAAAGGAUCUAUAAACUACAGCUUUUUAAGAUCAAGUUUUCAAAAAGCAGCACGUCCCGUAGCUAUAAGCAGUAUAAUGUCUCAAAGAAGAACUUCAGAAGAAAAUCAAUCAAGUCAACGAAGUAAUAUUGAUCCCAGUGAACCAAUAUACACAGAUCCGUCGCUUUUCGAAUUUGGUCGAUCUGCUCUCAUAAAAUCUCAAGAUAUACCAUACUGAAACUCAAAUAAAAAAAAUUCUGAUAUAUCUCGACUUCGUUUGAAAAAUUAUGUGUAAAAUAUAUAAAAUAUUUCCUAAGUUCUUAGAAAUAUUGCAACACUAUUAAAAAUAUUCAUUGCUUAAAAUUUCGGUUCGAAAUACUAUCUCACUUAAAAACACAUGAAAGAUAAACAUCCAAUACAUUUUCCCGUUUUUAUAUUUCAUUUAAAUUUGAAAUAAUUGUAGUACAUGAAUAAUCUAUUUAAAAAAAGUUAAAGUUCCAAUGUUUAGACAUCUUAAAUUUUUCUCACUGCCACGAAAGUAUAUGAUAAAUGCACAGCAAAAUUUUACAUUUUAAACUUAUUUCAACAUUAUUUUUGAGGACGCACAGUGGGGAAAAAGCACGUUUUCGUCUCAUUCAUGGACGUAGGAAGUAAAUGGACCCAGCUCAAAGUCUUAUUUUAGACGAGGGGGGUAAAGCCCAGUAAAAAAAAGUUGGAUAGCACGAUACGGUAUUCCAUAUAGUAGCACAGUAGUUUGAAUAUGGAAUUUGACUUUUUCAAUAUAGAACCUUUAGAAGAAGAAGUCAUAAAUUCAGGGUGAUUAAUUUAUUGUAUUAAAACUAAUAUUAUAUACGAAAUGCAAAUUUUAUAAAAAAAAGUAACUGUUUCUUAGUUUAUAUUUGUCAGUGGAAAUGAGUAACUGUAUUUUCCCUUUUCGACGGUAAGUCGCUCCUCUCUAUCGACAGUGGUUAUAAAAUUUAACGCGCAUAAAUGUGAUUUGUAAAGUCGGUGUAUAAAUUACUUACAUUUGCUGCUCUACUUUAAUUUAAAAAAAUUUAAUUUCGUUUACUGUUAAAAAAACGCAUUCUAUUGUACACUGACUACAUAAAUCACAUUUUUGUGCGUUAAAUUUUAUAUCCACUGUCGAUAAAGAAGAGCGACUUACUGUUGGAAAUGGAAAAUACAGUUACUCAUUUCUACUGUCAAAUAUAGACAAAGAAAUAUUUACUUUUUUUAAAAAAAAUUUGCAUUUCGUUUGUAAUAUUUGUCUUAAUAUAAUAAAUUAAUCACACUGCAUUAAUGAUUGUGUCCUUUUAAGUUGUAUUUCUUAUCUAAACUAGCCAUAAAAGUUGUCCAUAUAGGACCUUCUUGUAAUUCCAUAUAGCACCAAACGGUUCUAUAUGGAAAAAGUCAAAUUCUAUAUUCAAGCUACUGUGCUGCUAUAUGGAAUACCGUAUCAUUCUAUCCAACUUUUUUUACUGGGAUCUGAUCUUCAGUAAAGGGUGAAGCUUUGGUGAAAGUGCGUUGAUUGCGGGUUAGUACGCUUGCGCUGUUGUGCGUAAUUUAAAAAGAGAAACAUAAUUAAAAAAGUAAUUUACAAAAAAUUGGUAAAUUCCAAUCUAAAGAAUACUAUUUCUAUAGUUUUGUCCACAAAAUUGAUUAAUAUUUU